GUUUUUAAAUAAGCGGCCGUGCAAUUCAUCAUGGCGAAUGUAGUGAAGAAGGUGUCAUGGUCGGGAGAAGGAACCCCGCUUCUGAACGGAGCAGGAGAGCCCAGAUACGGAGGCCAGUUGUCUGAAGGAAGCAUGUUUCAUAUAGGCAGGCUGAACACAGAGGACCUGGAAGAAGAUGAUGUUACAUCAGAAGAGGACCUUGUGAGGAGCAGAGUAAAAGAGAUUCCACACAAUGAAAAGCUGCUUUCACUCAAAUUCGAGAGUCUGGACUAUGACAACAGCGAGAACCAGUUAUUUCUGGAAGAGGAAAGGCGGAUGGGUUACAUGAACUUCAGAUGUCUGGAGAUCAGUCGCUGGGUGAUUUGUGGUCUCAUUGGUGUCCUGACUGGAUUAAUCGCUUGCUUCAUUGACAUUGUGGUGGAGAAACUGGCUGGAUUGAAGUAUGAUGUUGUCAAGGAGUACAUUGAGAAGUUCACAGAUGUGGGAGGUUUGUCCGUCUCCUUGAUCUUGUGGGUGGUUUUAAACUCGGCCUACGUCAUGUUUGGUGCCAUCAUCGUCGCUUUCUUUGAGCCCAUCGCUGCAGGUAGUGGAAUCCCACAGAUCAAGUGCUACCUUAAUGGAGUGAAGAUUCCUCGAGUGGUCAGACUUAAGACUCUGGUGGUGAAGGUUUGUGGUGUGAUCUGCUCAGUGGCUGGAGGACUCGCUGUGGGAAAGGAAGGGCCGAUGAUUCACUCUGGAGCUGUUGUAGCAGCCGGUGUGUCCCAAGGCAGAAGUACUUCACUAAAAAAAGACUUCAAGAUCUUUGAGUACUUUCGUAGGGACACUGAGAAGAGAGACUUUGUUUCUGCUGGAGCUGCUGCUGGAGUCUCUGCUGCGUUUGGAGCUCCUGUUGGUGGAGUACUCUUCAGUUUAGAGGAGGGGGCAUCUUUCUGGAACCAGAUGCUGACCUGGAGGAUUUUUUUUGCGUCAAUGAUCUCUACGUUCACAUUGAACUUCAUCUUGAGUAUCUACCAUGGCAAAGCGGGCGAGCUUUCCAACCCUGGUCUCAUCAACUUUGGCACCUUUGACAUGGAAAGCGUGCAGUAUGGUAUCUAUGAGAUUCCAAUUUUCAUAGCCAUGGGAGCAAUAGGUGGUGUUUUGGGAGCGCUCUUCAACAUCCUCAAUUACUGGCUGACAAUUUUCCGAAUCAGGUACGUACACCGGCCGUGUUUGCAGGUGAUGGAGGCCAUGCUGGUUGCUGCAGUUUCAGCUACUGUCUCCUUCGCCAUGAUUUAUUUCUCUAACGACUGCCAGCCUCUGGAGAACGAGACUCCGGAGGACUAUCCUCUACAGCUCUUCUGUGCAGAUGGAGAAUAUAAUGCAAUGGCAACAGCAUUCUUUAAUACACCAGAGCGAAGUGUGAGGAGUCUUUUUCACAAUCCACCAGGCACCUAUAACCCAAUGACUUUGGGACUUUUUACUCUGACCUACUUCCUCUUGGCGUGCUGGACUUACGGACUGACCGUGUCAGCUGGGGUCUUCAUCCCCUCUUUCCUGAUCGGAGCUGCCUGGGGACGACUCAUCGGUAUCCUUCUGCCCCAAAUGACCUCCAGCAAAUCAGUUUGGGCAGAUCCCGGAAAGUACGCACUGAUUGGAGCCGCAGCCCAACUCGGUGGGAUUGUCAGAAUGACCCUAAGUUUGACGGUCAUCUUAAUGGAAGCCACUGGAAACGUGACCUACGGUCUCCCUAUCAUGCUGGUACUGAUGACGGCCAAGAUUGUGGGGGAUUACUUCAUAGAAGGUCUUUAUGAUGUUCACAUUAAACUCCAGAGUGUUCCUUUCUUGCACUGGGAAGCUCCUGCAACAUCUCACUGUCUGACUGCCAGAGAAGUCAUGAGCUCUCCAGUCACCUGCUUCAGCAAUGUGGAGAAGGUGGGCACCAUAGUGGAUGUCCUAAGCAACACGUCCACCAAUCACAACGGCUUUCCUGUGAUCGUCCAGGGCACUGCCGAUGACGAGCCAGGAAGGCUCUGUGGUCUUAUCCUUCGGUCUCAGCUCAUUGUCCUGCUCAAACACAAGGUGUUUGUGGAAAGAGCUCACUCACGGCUGCAUCAGCGCAAGCUUCAGCUGAAGGACUUCAGAGACGCGUAUCCCCGUUUCCCUCCCAUCCAGUCCAUUCAUGUUUCCCAGGAUGAAAGGGAGUGCAUGAUGGACCUGACAGAGUUUAUGAACCCUACGCCAUAUACGGUGCCUCAGGAGACUUCACUGCCUCGCGUGUUUAAGUUAUUCCGGGCACUGGGGCUCAGACACUUGGUGGUGGUUGAUGACGUAAACAGGGUCAUGGGUCUGGUGACCAGAAAGGACCUGGCACGCUACCAUUUGGGCAAGCACGGUCUGGAGGAGCUCCAACUGGCACACACAUGACGAGAUGUUUUUGAUUUUUAUUUACUGCCCAUCUUCAGUGUUGGAUCAGCAGCUUCAGCACGUUGACUGGUCUCAAACCUGCUACAAACCUGGAUACCUGAAGUGUGACUUCGGAGAUCUUGUUGGGAUCUCAAAUAUGUGCUAAUGGAAAGGCUAGUUUAGAAAAAUGGGGCAUUUUCAGGGACCCAUAACCACAAAUCUGGUUCUUUUAAUAUUAAAACGUGCGAGUGCACAAGUCAAAUUGUGAAAUUAAAUUUUUUGUCUGUAAUGUUUAUCAGAAAAUCACGUUCUCAUUGUUGCUUAGUUUACUUAUUGUUUAGUUUGCACUGUUGUACUAUUUUUAUUUAUUGUGUUUUGAAGGAUGUGUUUUUGCCAUGCUUUCAAUUUAUGGUCCUGUCCCAAAAUCACAUUCUACUGAACUGAAGAGCAUAGUUUUACAUUUUGGCAUAGUAAUUAGACAGUAUAAAUCAGAGGUGAUGUUUCAAGAUGCCAUGUUCUUUACAAUAACUGUGUUGGAUUUUAUCCUUUCUUAAUUUUGAUGUGCCUUCUUAUAACAUUGGACCUUUUAUCAUCAUAGAGGUCUUGAUUAGAAUGAAGAAGAGUUAGAUUUCUGCUCAACGAGGCUUACACAACCAUUUCUGUUUUUUACAAGGCUUUAUUAAUUUAAAUAUUACUGUAGUGAAAAGUUUACAGACGUGGCAGUUUUGACAUUUUUGCUACUUGAGUUGAGUACCUGGGUUUUCUAAAAAGCUUCUAAAAAUUACAUUUAUAUUUAUGUAGCAUGGCCAUCAAAUUUGUGUUUGUGAUUAUUGAUUGCAGCUGGUAACUUGUCUGGGCCAGUAUAAAUAGGGAAUGCUGACCUCUUGCCAAGCCUGGGAAACCUGAAACUCUUUCCUUAUACUGAGUGGAAGAUUAUCUGGAUACACAGAUAUGACCCAAGAAUCAUGCAAAACCGGUCUAUUAUGAAUUAGAAGCUGCUGGAACAAAGCUAACACUGUCCACAGUCAAGCUUUAUCUCACAAUGUCUAGUGCAAAAACAGCCCCUGCUCCAUAAUCAUCACUUAAUAGUUUGACCUACGUUUGUUGCUCAUAAUAAAAACAAAAAAGCAGAAGCAGUGGCUUCUUUAUUGCACGGCAGCUUCUAAGCUGGCAGACCUGUUUUUUUUUCUUUCAGCAACAUGAUCAUCCUUCCUGACCUUGGCAAAAGACUGUUUCAUAAACUCUGUAAUAGGUACAGUCAAACUAGGACUAUUAUAUGGCCACAGAAAAGUCACCAGCUGUAAUUAGUUAUAAUUAUUUCAGGUUUUCAAGUUAAACUGCAUUAUAGAACUUUUCCCAUCACCAAAUAGUAAUUCUGUUUGCUGUAUUUUAAAUCCUUAUGAAUUAUUUAGAAACAAAACUGAUUCACUUUUUUUUUUACAAAAAUUUAUGUUUUAUUUACUCAGUCACAGAAAAAGAAAGUUGCAAAAAUGACUUAAAUCUCGAGAUUGCCAUGGCACACAUGUCCCAUAGAAGUGAGUGUAAACUUCAUUUUCAAAUAGGCUUGUAUUUUUGUAGUCUUUAAGGCUUCCAGGCCUUCUAAGUGUUAAUAUAGUGUUUUAAAUCCAUCCUGUUUAUUACAUUUACAUAGCCAUUACUGACACUUAUACAUUUCAGUCACAAUUAAUAUUAUUCUUUUCUUUUUUUAAUUUACUGAGAAUCAAAUGACACUUAUUUUUGACAGUGAUUAAAAAUGUGUAUGCAUUCUCGCCUCCCUUAUCAGUUUUGCACAUAAUACGUACUGACUCUGUGUCCAGACAAGCUGUGCUAUGAUGUAGAGACUUGCUAAUGAUUUUAUAUUGCAUCAUGACAUGCUUUCAGAUUGUUUUCACUUUGGGUAUUUGCACUUGAAUAAACGAAUGAACGUAAAUGACCAAA